CUUUUAUUUAUUACAUAUAUUACUUACAACAUAAAGAGUAUUGUAUCAGUCAAGUGGUGAACAAGCUCCGGUUGAAUAACUUCAACUACAAGCUAAUACACGCAAAGCCAGGGUUACUAUUUUAAUUGACAUGACAGUACAUAAAACCAGGUUUUCAAUAAUAAACUCCACCCGCUGAUCGACAAUCGAUUGCGAACCCCGACGGACUCUUAUCUCGGGCCACUCUCUUACGCAAAUCCUUUAUUGUAUUACUUAUACACAGUAUAUUAUAUACUAUAUUACUACCAACAGCCCAACCGGAUCUACUUUCAUUUCUUUUAUUUUCUUUUAGAAAUAAAAAGCUCUUACCGAGGACACACACGCACGUUUUGCUAGUAUGUUAGGCUUGUUUUUUGAAAUAAAACCGACGGCAAGCCCAAGGAAUUAGAUCUCAGACGUGGAUAAAUUUCUGGCGCCUGUAACCAACGAUUAAUCUUAAUAUUCAACAGUCACGAUACUCGAGAAUUUUAAAAUCUACUAUAAGCACCACAAUAAUAAGUGUCAGCAAAAAACCAGUGGCAAUGAACUUGCAAUUAUAAUACUAAAAAUAUAAUGGAGUUUGACAUUUGUCCCGAACUUUACCUUAUUAGUUUAAAUAAUAACAGUUAUAACAACUCUAUUAACGAUUAAAGUUCAAGUGAGUUCGAAUGACAGUGUGCUAGUUUGCAAUUAAACAAAUUUAAAUUUGUGAAGGAAAAUACUGUUUUUUCCUGUUCAAUGCAGAAAAGGUUUCAUUAAAAUAAUCUAGUCUCUAAAAUGUCAUUAGCAAACUUCAGUCUGCCAUUUCCAGUGGCUACGCCGUCACCUUACUUAUACACACCAAGUAUUUCUCAGUCUGUGAAUAAUUUACCAUUUAAUGGAGUGUUACCGUCACCUAAUUUUAAUGAACAGAGUAACUAUCAAAAUCAACCGUAUCUACCACCUGCUUAUCAACGUCAGCAUUAUCCUGUACAGUCACAAAACCCCAGGCGCACCCAAUACUAUAAUACUAUAAAUAACAAUAAUAAUAAUCAUCAUCAUAAUGACAAUAAUAAUAAUAAGCAGCGUCAGUAUCAGAUACAAACAACUCAAAAUUAUUUAUCCCAAGACAAUAAUUUUGACGACUACGAACAAGAUUAUCCAGUAACUCAGUCAAGUAUCAGAGAAAGCGAGAAUAAAAAUAACCCACAGCAUGAGAUAAGACCACCGUUGUUAGAAAUAAAUCAAGAGGACAGAAUCGCUAAUCGCAAUGCUCCAAGCAAUCAACCACAAGAUCUAAAUAAUCCCCAACCUAAUGGAUAUACGAAAGUCAAUUCAUAUGGAAGUUCCGGCGCCAAAACUUCAGUUCAUGCAGUCCUCGAUUACGACGACGACGGUGACGAAACGAAUUCCAACGACGAGUAUUACGACGAAAAUGUUCCACGUGAUCCGCGUGUUACACCUAUUCAAGGACCGAUAUAUGUUAAAAACGGAUCUGUUCCUGUUGUUCCACUUUAUUCGUAUCAGCAGUAUAAUAAUGGAAGUUUUUUACAAAUACCUAUUCUAUGGACCGCACUGUCAGUGGCAUUGGGUGUCGAGCUGCAUGGCGACGUCGUCAAAGGUACACCUUGCAUCAAAAAAUAUCAUCAAUUAUUCUGCCCGACUGCCGGUAAAACAUAUCCUAAAGAAAGAAUAGAACUUUUUAUCGAUGAAAAUAAAGCUUUAAUGAAGCGUAUGUACGGAGAUUUCGAGACUGACAAGGAUCACGGCCUAGGAACGAGUUCUUCGGCCAAAAGAAGAAAAAGAAGAUCCUUUGAUCCAGAUCUUCCGGACGGGGGACCGAGUCUUGCGAGAAAAAAUAUUGGAGAUUCAAAAUAUAUCAGAGGAGGCGACUCUUAUUUUGAACAUAUUCGUAAUCCGCGACAGCUGCCAAAAAAUAAUCACAGCGAUAGUGGAAGAUUGGAUGUCUGUGAAUCAAAAACAGAAGUUGUAACUCCUUAUUGGGCGAGCAAUAGUGCUGGAAAAAUACGCGCUGUCGUCAAUACUCAACAUUUUGAGCAAGCUAUUCAUCAAGAAGUUUGUUCGAAAACUCAAACAAAUCGAUGCACAGGAGGUUGUGGCUGCGAGCAAAAGUACAAAUGGCACAGGCUGCUCGCUUAUGACCCGGAUGACGAUUGCAAAGGUAUUUUUAUGGACUGGUUUCUCUUUCCGUCCUGUUGCGUUUGUCGGUGCGAUCCGCAUGCCAAGUUUCCCGGCACUGGUACUGCUACCAGUACCGGUACUACCACGAGUUCCAGCUCCAGCACCAAGGCUAUGACCAACCGCAGCGGUUGAUUUUAUUCCUAUUAUUUUAUUUUAUUAUAUCAACUUUUUACCCGAACUUUUGGCUAGUAAAGCCGAGAAAACUUUUAUCAAUCAAAGUUUUAAAACUUUUGGUAUUUCUUUCAUUUUCAAUUAUCCUCAUAUUUUUUCUUCCUUUUUUUUCUUUGAGGAUCUAAGUAAAUAUUGUAGAUUUUUUUUAUGCAUAAGAUAUUUUUAAUAAGAUUAUUAUCAAGGUUUUUUGCCAAUGACGAUAACGUUAUUGCGAGUCGGGAAUGAUGCAAUUAAUUAGAUAAUUUGAAUUGUAAUUAUUUUAGAUUUUAUAUUGUAGUAAUUAUACAUAUUUUUUAAGGACAAU